GGAAUGCAGUUUUGGGUUUUUUUGAAAAACAAAAUCAUGGGAAUAUUUCCUUUUGGUUACUGAAGUUAAGGUUAAGUUUCAUGGUUAGGCAUUAAUGAAAUACAGUAAUUGUUAUGUUAAUGGAAGGUCCUCACAAGGAUAGUACUAAGAUUAGUGGGUGUAUCUAGUUUAAAGCUGUAAGAUGCCUCUGUUGCUUUAGUUGAGCUUCAAAUGAGCUGAACAGGUUUCUGUAGGCGCUCGGGCUGCAGGGAGGAGGAUGCUGGAUAUCUGAUAUUCUUGAUUGUCUCACUUAGUUACACACCCAAAAGAGGGGCUGAACUUAAAGGAGCGGUUUUAGAGUUUCACCGCUUUUUUUUGUUUGUUUGUUUUUGUUUUUUUUUAAGCAAGAGGUGCCAACUUCACUCUCGCGCAUGAGCCAAUGGUCUCAGAGGUUCAGAUUUCUGUAGACUAAUAAAGAAAUGAAGCAGCAGCAGAGUAAGUGGCCUGAGGGUGAUCCUCCUCCCGCUCCAUCCUCCUCUGUGUGCAGAUACAUUAUACUCUGCACCAUCUUGGCGUUUCUCAUCAUCUGUACGUUUGUGGGGGUUGUGAUGGCGUACACGGUACAGAAGGAGCAUUACUUCAUGGACACGGUGGAGUUAAAAGGCCUGCAGUACAAAGCUGACCUCAAGGAUAAAAUGUCUGCAUUUUUUUUAAUCCUUACAGCCACUUUGGAAACAAAGAUGCAGAAUAUUUUCCUUGCAUCAUCGAUUGCACCCCAUUUUGUCUCCUGCCGUAUCGUUGCGUACGGGAACAUCAGUAAUAACGUGAUGGCGACACUUCAUCUGGUGUUCAGAGUGGCCAAAUUUCAAGAACAAUUUACAGAGUACACAGACCGUUUCCUCCAGGAGCAGAUUCAGUACGGCUUUCAGGCUUUAGUCAGUCCGAACCCGCUGACCGUUCCUGAGUUUGGAGAAAUUCAGAGCAUUGUCCUUCUUGGUGCUAGCAAAAAGUCUUUCUAUGUAAUCAACGCUAAUGCAAGCAGAUGUCCUGAUGCCACAUUCACCUGUGCCAGUGGGGAGUGUGUGACUAAACCUAAUCCCGAGUGUGACUCCGUGUCGGAUUGUGCUGAUGAAUCAGAUGAGGCAUACUGCUCGUGUGGCAGGAAGCUGGUGGUGGACAGUCGGGUUGUUGGGGGUCAAAAUGCCGGUCGUGGUGAUUUGCCCUGGCAGGUGAGUCUGAGACUCCACGGCCGUCACACCUGCGGAGCCUCCAUCGUCAACCGCCACUGGUUGGUCAGCGCUGCACACUGCUUUGAGAGCAGUAAAAACCCGAGGGACUGGACGGUGCUGGUCGGAGCGAACUUAGUGAGUGGUGUGGAGAAAGGAGCAGUCACAGUGAACAUCAAGUCUCUGAUUGUCUCUCCACAUUAUAACCCCAUGAAUUCGGACAGUGACGUGACUGUGCUGGAGCUGGAGAAGCCGCUGAUUUUCACUCCUUUCGUCCAGCCCAUCUGCAUCCCAUCCUCGUCUGACGUCUUCAGUCCUGGACAAGACUGCAUCGUCUCUGGUUGGGGAGCCGUCAAACAGGACAGCAGCAAGGUGCCUCCUACACUCCAAAAAGCCUCGGUGAAGAUAAUUGAUUCAAAAGUGUGUAACAGUUCGACCGUAUACAGAGGAACCAUCACCAACAACAUGAUGUGCGCUGGCUUCCUGCAGGGAAAAGUCGAUUCCUGCCAGGGAGACUCAGGAGGUCCUCUGGUGUGUGAAAGCAGCCCUGGCCGCUUCUUUCUGGCGGGUAUAGUGAGCUGGGGAAUGGGCUGUGCACAGAUCAAUAAACCUGGAGUGUAUUCUCAGGUCACUGUGCUCCGCAACUGGAUCCUGAGCCAUGCUGAGCCCAGUAACAGUCAGGACAGACCCACGAUUCUCAGCGCAACAAACACUGCAGUCCUUCGUGCUAAGGCCGUCACAUCAACUCCUGUGGUGACUGGUAGCAAUACCAGUACUGGAGCUGUAAACUGCAGUGGAAACUUUAACUGUGGUGCAGGAUUGUGUAUCAGCAAGAUCAACCCCGAGUGUGACAGAGUGGCUGACUGCUCUAACGAAGCCGAUGAGAAGAACUGCGACUGUGGCCAGCGACCUGAAUUCAGCCAGAGAAUUGUAGGAGGUGUGAGUGCCCGUCGAGGGGAGUGGCCAUGGGUGGCGAGUCUGCAGUUCCAGCGUUUACAUCGCUGUGGUGCCACCCUUAUACACUGCAAAUGGCUCAUUACGGCUGCUCACUGCUUCAGCAGAAAGGAGUCAAAUCCCAGUGGCUGGACGGUGAGUUUAGGCUCGGUGCUCCGGUCCGGAUUGGGAGCUUUGGUCAUCCCAGUGCAGAGGAUCAUCCAGCAUCCUGCCUUCAACAGCAGCAAUAUGGAUUUUGAUGUGGCUCUGGUACUGCUCUCGAUCCCGGCACCGAGCUCCUACACCAUCCAGACGCUGUGUUUGCCCUCCCCGACACACAGCUUCUUCAAGGGCACAGAGUGUUACAUCACCGGGUGGGGCUCAAUGACGGAGGAUGGAAAGUUAACUAAUCAGUUGCAAAGAGCUCAGGUUGGUAUAAUAGACCAAUCUGAGUGUCAGCAGUCUUACGGCAGAAAACUGACUGCCAACAUGAUGUGUGCUGGAUCCAUGGAAGGUGGCAUUGAUACCUGUCUGGGAGAUUCUGGAGGACCGUUAGCAUGCCGCGAACCCCGGGGCCGGUGGUUCAUAGCUGGGGUGACCAGUUGGGGUCGAGGCUGCGCUCGAAACAGAUUCCCCGGGGUUUACACGCGUGUCACUGCCAUCAGGGAAUGGAUAUCAACAUACCUCCCUUUUUAAGGAUGCUUGUCUUCUUACAGACUAUUACUUGUGCAUACUUACUUGAAAAGUUGCAUAUUUAUUUUGUGUAUUUAUUAUUGUUUAUGCCAAAAUUUAAACUUUUGAUUCUACUGGAGCUUGAGAACAUUAAACAUUGACCUCAUGUGGUGAGUUGUAUUUCUCUUAUUUUAACAAUGAGCCCAUUAGCCAAGUCCAACUAAGCAUGAAAUGAAUAGUAGAUUUGUUUAGUCUGAUUUGGUUUUACACUGCACAGAUUUAAACACAUGAAAAGAACAAGCCAGGAGGUUUCAACUUUCCAGAUAAUGACCCCAAAAACACAGUGAAAUCAGGACACAAAAUCAGUUUUGUGAGGUCCCUAUUGAAAACGUGAUUUAAAAGUAAUGUGUUAAAAUAAAACUAUACAUAAACUCCCUAUGUUUAAGCUUUUUUCUUUUUUUUAAACAAAAUACCAAUAAUUUUGGAGUCAGCUGUAGAUUUUCUGUUUACUAUUACCUGGACAUCACUAAAUUUUGUCUACUUAAAAAAAAUAUGUACUUCAUUUGUGCAAAUGAAAUUCAUACAUGGGGGAAUUUUAUCUUAAUGUUUGUAUUGUAACAUUUUGAAUAGAAGUGCUACCGUAAAAACUCUAAUAAACAGACAAAUUACAAUUAGGAUAAUAGAAGUGUGUACAUUGCUUUGCUGU